GUUAGUUCUUGUUCCUCCCUGCAGAGAGACAGACGGACUGAAAGACAGACGCUCAGAUUCACCUUCAGACCAAACUAACACCUUCCUCUGAGUUCAGCUCCAGGAGAGAAAAGAGGGAGCUACAACACUGCUGCUUCAACCUGCUGACCCCCCCACACUGAAGCUCCACUCAGAGACAACAUGGCUUCCAGGUUAGAGGCAGAGCUCUGCUGUCCGGUCUGUCAGGAAGUCUUUAGAGAUCCUGUCAUCCUGUCCUGCUGCCACAGCUUCUGUAAAGCCUGUCUGCAGAACUGGUGGGAUGGGAAAGAAGUAAAGGAGUGUCCAGUUUGUAAGGGAAAAUCUUCAAAGGAUAAUCCACCUCUUAACUUUGCUUUAAGGAACCUGUGUGAGACCUUCUUACAGGAGAGAGAGCAGAGGUCUCCAGAGGCUCUCUGCAGUCUGCACUCUGAGAGACUCAGACUCUUCUGUCUGGACCAUCAGCAGCCAGUGUGUGUCGUCUGCAGAGAUUCAGAGAAACACACCGACCACAGAUUCAGACCCAUCGAUGAAGCUGCUCAGGCUCUCAAAGAGGAGCUUCAGGAAACUCUGAAACCUUUAAAGAAGAAGUUAGAGACUUUUGAACGAGUUAAAGAGAGUUUGAUCAGACACAGACACCUGAAGGUCCAGGCCCGACACACAGAGCUGCAGAUUAAGGAGCAGUUUAAGAAGCUUCACCAGUUUCUAGAAGACGAAGAGGAGGCCAGGAUGGCUGCAGUGAGGAAGGAAAAGGAGCAGAAGAGGAUGAUGAUGGAGGAGAAGAUGGAAGCUGUGAGCAGAGAGAUAGCAGCUCUUUCACUCACAGUCAGAGACACAGAGGAGGAGCUGAGAGCUGAAGACGUCUCCUUCCUGCACAACUACAAGGCUGCAGUGGAGAGGCUGCAGCGCCCCCUGCUGGAGGAUCCACAGCUGCCCUCAGGGGCUCUGAUAGACCAGGCCAAACACCUGGGCAACCUCAGCUUCAACAUCUGGAGCAAGAUGAAGGACAUGGUGUCCUACUCUCCUCUCAUCCUGGACCCAAACACUGCUCAUCCAAACCUCAUCCUGUCUGAAGAUCUGACCAGAGUGAGACGAGGAGGAGAGAGUCAGAAACUUCCUGAUAAUCCAGAGAGGUUUGAUAAAUACUGCUCUGUCCUGGGCUCUGAGGGCUAUAACUCAGGGACUCACAGCUGGGAUGUCCAGGUUACAGACAGUACAUUCUGGGGACUGGGUGUGUUAGCAGAAUCUGUCCAGAGGAAGGGAUUCAUAGAUUCUGGAUUAUGGAGAAUGUGUUUCUAUGAAGGUAAAUACUCAGCACGGUCUACAUCAGAUCCACGCACUCCCCUCCUCCUGCAGAAGAAGCUCCAGAGGGUCAGAGUGAAACUGGACUGGAACAGAGGAAAGCUGUCGUUCUCUGAUGCUGACACUAACACACACAUACACACCUUCACACACACUUUCACUGAGAGGAUGUUUCCAUACAUUUUCACCCGGGAUGAAGUGAAGGUAUCACCAGUGGAGGUGUGUGUGACAGUGGGUCAGAGCAGCUAGAGAUGAACAGGAUCAUUAUCUCUAUGAGCUUUAUCUCUUAAAGGGAAACACUCUGACCUCUGAAGCCGCUCCUGUCCUCCUGCCGUCUCUUUAUUCUAAACAUGUCUUUAUUUUUGUUUCUGUCCUGUUUUUGUUGUUGUUGAGUUUGAUAUUCUGCUCUUUGAUUACACUGUCAACCUUUACUAAAUGGAAACAGGUGCAUUUAGCUGACACUUUUAUCCCAGUGGCAUAAUGUGCAUCCAAUCUGCUGAACGGCUUCCUUUAGAGGAAAGAAGAGAUGAAUAUAUUUCACAUUUUCAGAGAUCUCACCCAGAUUCAGAUCUUUAGGUCGGUUAUAGUUUAACCUUCUGUUUCAUUGAUUGCAUGUCCUUCUAAAUGUGUGAUUUGUGCAAAAAUAAAUAAAGCAUUUAAUCCAACAAGAGUGAGGAUGCAUUUUAAUUUCUAAUCCAGAACAUAUUGUUUCUAAAUCGUUGAAAUCAGAGUUUUAUUUCCUGCAGUUUUUACAUUUUAAGCUUGUAUGAUCAUAUCAAACAUACCGAGUUACUGGGUUUAAAUGACCUCCCUGAAGGACCUCUUCCUCAGGGGAUAAAAUGAAUGUUUGGAAGAGGUUUUUAAGUCUUUAAAUACAAGGAGUACAUUUUCAACAGGGUUUUACCAGGAGAAGCCUAAACUGUUCAGCGUGGAUUAUCAAAUGAACACGUUUAUAAACUCUAAAGGAUUCAGUCAGAAAACACUGAUUCCUCAGCAGCGGUGUGUUAUCUGUCAUGAUCCGUGUUUCCUGUCUGUCAUGUCUUUGUGUUGUGUUUUAUUUUGAAGUGUUUCCCCUCUUCUGUCAUGUUAAGCUUCACUUCCUGUCUGCGUUUCCCUCCUGUGCCUGAUUGUGUCAUUGUGUUCACCUGUUGCCCCUGUGUUUCUCCUCCCCCUUCCAGCUGUCUCUUGUCUUGUGAUUACCCAUGUGUAUUUAGUCCCUGUUCCCCUUUUGUCUGUUGUUCGGUCGUCGUCAUUUCUUCCCUGAUCUUGUCCAUGAUACCUGCCUGUUCCUGUCGUCCUUCAUGUCUGGAGCUAAGUGAUUUUCAUGUCCUGUGUUCCCCUUGAUUCGUGUUGUCAUCAACAGCUUUUGAAUAAAGCUCGCUUUUUGUUUUUGACCCUUACCUGCUUCCCCUUGAUUUACUGCACUUGGGUCCUGUUUCCCCAACCCUGACCUUAUCGAGGAUUAACAACCUCUCAAACGACCAAUUCGACCAAUCAGAAUUGAGUAUUCAGCUUCAAUAUAAACAAUAAUAAAUAGUGAGACCUCAUAUUUUGUAAUCCACCAGAAACCGGAAAUAACCGUAAGGCCAGUUUUUCUGGAACAUAAUAAAGCCAUGUGUGUCUCGGAGCCGCAGCGACACCGACUGGUUGUUAGAGAGCGGGUCAUUCUGCCUGCU